AUGAGUGCAGCUCUGCCGGACCAGGCCUCGGACCUUGCCGAGAAAUACAAGACCCUCCUCCAAGAGCGUUCUGUGCUCAAGGCUCAAAACUCGGUGCUCAAGAAAGCACUGCUGGAGGAGCAAACCAACUCCAAGACCUUGGCUAACCAGCUGAAGCAGAAGGAGGAAAAGCUGCGUCAAACCACGCAAGAGCUCGAUCUACAGCAGUACCACAACGAUGCUCUCGCAAAACGAAUCGAAAACCUCAGAAUCGAGGGCCAACGGCCGCUGUCGGCUGUCUUGCCCUUCCGUCGCUCAACGCCCCUCUCUCCCAAGGACAGCCGUGAAAUCGAUGUACUUUCCGAGGAACUGUCGAACCGCAUUGCUGAGAGUGAGCAGCUCCAUCGAAAAAUUGCCGAUCUGACAACCAUUAAUGAGCAGCUCGAGGUUCAAAUUGCCGAAAUGUCGACCGCAUACAACGGCUUGUUGAAAGAAUCGCAAAUCAUUGACACAGAGAAUCAGAAGCUCAAAUCCACAUCAUUGCGGCUCCAGUCAACCCUUGAGGAGUCGUCAACCCAGGCGACAUCCUUCUUGGAUCAGUACAACUCACUCCAGCGCCUUAUUAGCACCCGGCUGGAAAGCCUCACGAUCGCCUUCAUCAACGCCGAAAACUGCCGGAAAGCCCAAUCGAGAAUAAUGACGGCAAGCCCCGAUAUUGCCAAUUGGUGCCAAGCACUGGAGGAGUUUACCGAUAAAAUCCACAGAUACACCAGCGUUUUCUACCAAAUCUACAAGCCCAGCUCCCAGGUACAGCCACAAUGGACAAAGACGUCUUUCAAGACCUGGCCUGAGGGGCUUCCCGCGCUCCAGAUCGGACUGCAGAUUGUGCACUAUGCCAACACUGCGCACCACGCGGCCUUUUCAAAACACAUCCGCCCAAACUCCUGGUCGAGCUCGAUACUCUCAUGUGUCGGCCUGAUUUGUCGAACAUACGAAUCAAUCAUCGAGUCUGUGAAGCUAUUAGGGAGUGCUCCUCUUACAAUGCACACGGCGAUCCAAAAGCGAAUCGAGCUCUCGUUCAUCCGCCUCGUGUAUACUACCAGCGACCUUUCUCGUUACUGGCGAUACUACAAGAGUGUCGAUGAAAGUUCUGAAUUUGACAUCGAGCUGAUCCUCAAUAGCCUCAUGGAUCCUGCAGGCUCAGUCAAUAUCGUUGAGCUCUCCGAAGUGGCCACCCAAUCCACAUCCCUGACCGAUAUUCAGGCCCAGAUUGAUGUUUGUGAAGGGGGUGUCAGAAACCUUUCGCGCGACUGGGAAUCUCUUUGCAUCCAAAACAAAGAGCUGUCGCUUUUAGCCGAGCAUCAAUCGGCGGACAUGUCGUCGAUCAAGGCCCGCCUCGAAGUUGAGCAGCGCGGAUAUAUCGAAGCCGAACGGGAGUGGGAAGAGCUGCGCCAGACUAUGGCCACUGAGAUAUCAAAAUAUCGCUCGGAAAUUGAUGCGCUCCUAAGUGAGAGGAAGCCCAAGCCACUCACGGAAAGCCGGGAAAUGCAAACAGAUAAUACAACGCCACCGACCCCGGUCUUGCACCAGAACGAGCCUCUCGGCGCAGCACAUGGUGGAAAGAGCGAAAUCAACCUUCUUGGGCCACUUGCUCGCUUGAAACAGCUCUAUCAGCAGCUCGAGGUAUCCGAAGCAAAGGUCAUUCGACUCCAACAUAGCCAGGAGCGACAAACCCUGGAACCGGUCGCUGUUUAGGUAGAGGAGUAUUGCCGACUCGGCACGCUGUCACCACAUGAUCCAGUUCCCAUAUCCUCGGAGGAUGGACGACUCGAAUAGCCCCUUGUUCUUCGGCUGCGGCACGAGUUAUCCCAAUAGCAAAUGAUUUACCACACCCCAUCUCCAUGCAUGGUAACUCGCAAAGGCUUGCGGUUAGCUGGGGGAUGCGGAAUACAUGGCUCACAGCUAUUUGUGGUGGUUGGUGUUGCUGGUCGUAUGAUACCCCCAGUCGUUUGCAGUUACUGUCACACACAGUCGGCAUCGCGAGCUGAUUUAUUGAGAGAAAACACCGGCAGUCAUAAGGACAUUUGGGCGGGUGAACUGCAACGCAUGAAGCGUCGUCUUUUUUGUCACGUAUGUGGACGUUGGCGAUACAAUCGGGCC